AUGGAUGAAAGUGUAAUAGUAUUAAGUGAGGAUGAGGAUGGAAUCGAGUUCGGACAACCAAGCUCUUCCGCUGUACCAAACAACGAUAUUGUCAAGGAAAUUUCCGAAUGCUGUAUUCGAGCUGAGAAAGAAGCUGAAGGAGAGCCGGUGUCAUCUAGUUCGGGAAUUCUUGAUGAUGAUAUUCACAGCCGAGCACUCUUAGAAUUGAAUGAUGCAGCGUUUCUGGAUGAUGUUUCUUCUGACGAUGGGUCUACUGACUCUCAUCAAAGGGCCAGAUGCAGAUUAGAUGAAAUACCUGAAUGCGGGGAUUUCGCAAACUGGUACAGCCAUGAAUCGUUCUCACAACCUGUGCAAUCGUCGGCAAUACUCAAAGAAACUGAGCUAACCACUAACGAACUUGUAAUACCUUCAACUUCUCAUGAUAAGAGAGCCCCAUCGAUAUGCAUAGUACGCUCCGUUUCAGAUGGUGCAUGUGUGGACAAAAAGAGAAGAAAGAGAACAAAAGACGAAAUAAGCACUGAGCAGGCUACAAAAGAGGAAGCUAGAGAAAAAAAGAAACAAGAAAGGAUAGCAAAAAAGAAGCAAACUGAGCUCGAGAAACAGUUAGCCAAAUUUGAACGAGAAGUAUCUGCAGCGAAGAAAUCGAAAUGUGAACAGAACCUGUUCUGCAUUGUCAGUCUGGAUUUAAUUGCUGCAAUAAAUGAAUUAGAUGAAUUGAUUACAAAAGUAUUCACAGAUCGCGGCAUUCGUGAUCAACUUCUUUUCGAUGACAGUGGCAUGACAAUUUGCUGGAAAAGAAGAAUUUUGGAGGGAAAAAUGGAAAAUAACGAAUUUAUUCGUGGUGAGAAGUUGAUAUACGAGCAAUUCUGCAUUUUGUCAAUGAAUGCGCAGCGCUACGGUCAAUUCAAAUCAACGGAAGAAAUUGCAGAGUUCAUAGAAGAGUGCAUUAAAAAAUAUCCAUUUCCAUCACCAAAACUUACCCUUGUUGUUCAUGGCUUGUUGAAAUUGCGAAAAGAAAAAGUGGCAGAUUUUGUUUUGGAAAUCUUUGAACGUUUUCGAGUUCAAACUCGCUUUACUGUAACGACACAAGAAUAUGUUAUGCUUAUUGCUCAAAUGCAUCGAUCCAUUGCACGAAAUGAAAGCUGUUUGGAAGAACAAACUUUGCCGAUUGUAAAUAUCGAGAAGGGCAUUACGGAAGGUGAUGACUCAGCCAUCAUAUCUGAUUGGUGGAUGAAAAUGUUAAGCCAAGUGCAUCGCAUGGGGACUGAUGCACAACAGGCAAUUGUAAAGACGUUCCCAAACCCACAUGCUCUUUCAAAAUUAUUGAGAUCGAUGCCGAUGAAAGAAGGAAUGAAAUUAUUAGCUGAUACGAAAAUGGACUAUGGUAAAAGGAUUGGACCAGUGCUAGCGCGUAAAAUCUAUUUGAUGCUUACAAGUGUCAGUGGUGCAGAAAUCAUUGAUGAAAACUGA